AUGGCCACGCCCGCUUUGUACACGUGCGCGGCGAUCACGGAGUGGGCGAACACCAUCUUCCGGACCUCCCACGAGUCGCUCAUUCAGUUUCAACCCAAAGACGUCGCGCUCCUUCUCUAUGGUAUUUUAAAAGCGCACGCCACCCUCGUUCAGAGCGAGCAUCCUCCCACGGAGGAUUUUUCCGCCCUCUUGUCCUGCUGUUCAUUGCAGGAGAUUCAGUUUCAGGCGAAUCCGUCCGCCACGACGCAGUUGCGGAAUGCGGAGCACGUUUUGAGCGUCGUUCGGCGGGUUUCUAGCGGAUUGGCGGCGCGGGGGGCCUUUCCUUCCUCCUCCUCCUCCUCUUCCUCCGCCCCCUCCUCUUCCCCCUCCUCCGCUUCGCGUGCGUUUGGCGUGAUUGGUGAAACGCUGACAGCGGAGGUGUGGUUGGAUGGGAGGGCAUUCGUGGAGGAGUUGAAGCUCUGGCGGUGGUUGCGGGAGAUCGCGGUGCGGUUGGAUUCCACGGUGGUGGGCAUCCAACACGCCGUACAGGCGUACCUCGGCGCCGCCUGCACUUCUGUUCUCGGGGAAAAAUCCGGCGCUCCUUCUCGACCUUUUGAAGCGAUAGAGGGGGAUUUCAAUUCCGUCAAGAACGCGGCCGAAGGAGCGAAGGAAACCCGUGAAGGGGUGGAAAAGACCGUGAAGCUGCUUCCGGCAGCGAAAAAAUUUCGUUUAGAAGGGGAAACCGCCAUCGAUUCGGGCGCGGCGGAUGGCGAUCGCCGUGGGGAUUUGUUUUUAAAGCUGAAGGAGGCGUUGGGGAUCGCGAAGGCGAACCCCCCUGGCGGCGAGGGCGCGAAUCUCGACAAACGGACGGAGGUGGUUUGCUCGACAUGUCCGCUCAUCUUCGCGCAGGCGCUGCAGGGUAAUUUGGAGUACCUCAAGACAUUGGAAUCACAGAGGCGCGCGGCGCUCGCGGCGUGUGGAAAGAAGAAUAUAACGGAACUCUUGGCGAUUCUCAGUAGCUUUGCGUAG